AGUAAAACUUGAACCCAGGAUCUGGUCCCUAGGCUAAGCAGGUGUUCAAGGCAGUGGUGUACAAAUACAAGUGACACACACCUUGAUGACGAAGAGUGUGGGGAGGGUAUGGAGUGGUGCAGUCUGCGGAAGACCACCAUUGACAACAUGACCCAGUACCUGGCCCGCAAGGAGGAGAGGAUGCGCCACCAGAGAGGCUCGGCCAAUAAGCUCCCCACCUCCGACACCAGAGCUGACGAGAAAUCUCCACAGCCUCCUCCCGAGAAGAAGAUG